AUGGGUUAUUUAAUGCCGACAAAAAUUUUACUGCUGCUAAUAUUUUUAUCUAUCUAUCUAUCUAUCUAUCUAUCUAUCUAUCUAUCUCAAUUUUUAUUGCUGCUAAUAUUUUUAUCUAUCUAUCUAUCUAUCUAUCUAUCUAUCUAUCUAUCUAUUGGUUUGAUUUUUAUUGCUGCUAAUAUUUUUAUCUAUCUAUCUAUCUAUCUAUCUAUCUAUCUAUCUAUCUCAGUAUAUAUGAGUUUGGUUUGUUUUGUUUUACGGCAUAUCAACCUCAAUGGGUUAUUUAAUGCCGACAAAAAUUUUAUUGCUGGUAAUAUUUCUAUCUAUCUAUCUAUCUAUCUAUCUAUCUAUCUAUCUCAAUUUUUAUUGCUGGUAAUAUUUUUAUCUAUCUAUCUAUCUAUCUAUCUAUCUAUCUAUCUAUCUCAGUAUAUAUUGAAGUUUGUCUGUUUGUUAAUAUUGUCACUGAAAACUGUUUGCUUGCGAUCAUUGCGAUUAGUGAUGUCGGCGUCUCAACGAAAAACUCUGAGCAUUUCUGAACAGUUGGAGCUCAUCGAUGAUGUCAAAGUGAAGAAACUCAAACUGGCCGCUGCAGCCAAAAAGUACAGAAUCGGUUAUUCAACAGCAGCAAAAAUUCUCGAGAAAGAAGACGAUCUCAGAUCUUGCAUGCAAAUGAACGGAAACACUAAUCGCAAACGAAAGCGCCAAUCCGUGCACAAGAACGUUAACGAAGUGCUUACACAAUGGUUUACGCAAGCAUGUGAUCAUGGAGCUACCGUCACCGAUCACGUCAUCAGGCAGAAAGCAUCACAACUGGCCGUAAAUCUUGAUUUUGAACCGAGCAAUGGCUGGCUCAUGCGCUGGAAGCAGGCCAAUAACGUUUCGUUCAAAAAAUUUCACGGCGAAUCAACGUCAGCAGAUCACGGUUCUGCCAACGAAUGGGUGACAAACGUUUUGCCGCAACUUUUUCGUGGAUAUGAUCCAAAAGAUGUUUGGAACUGUGAUAAAACGGGAAUUUUCUACAAAGCCAUGCCGUCUGGAUCUUUGCGAUUUGCCGGCGACGAACAGUCAAAUGGGACAAAAGUUCCCAAAGACAGACUCACGAUGCUUCAGUUCACAAACAUGGACGGCAGUGAAAAGCAAGCUGUAGUUGUUGGUAACUUCGACGACCGUACACAAUGUUAUGGAGAACUGACUGACACGAACAUCACACGUGGUAUAAAAUCGGAUGAUCAAGAUUUAGACGAAGAUGAUGAUGCUGAAAGCUCUGUUCAUAUCUACCUACCUACCUACAUACCUACCUACCCACCUAUCUAUCUAUCUAUCUAUCUAUCUAUCUAUCUAUCUCAGUCUGUUCAUAUCUAUCUAUCUAUCUAUCUAUCUCAGUCUGUUCAUAUCUACCUACCUACCUACAUACCUACCUACCCACCCAUCUAUCUAUCUAUCUAUCUAUCUAUCUAUCUAUCUAUCUAUCUCAAUUUUCAUUUUCUUUUUUUUUUUUUUUCAUUUUCAACAGCGUCACCACAAUUGUGGAAGCAAAGCUCCAAAUGUAAGAUCAGUUCUGCGAUAUUGCAAUGCCUGACACUUGGCAAACGUUUCUGUUACUUUCUUUCAAUUUCUAUAAGCUGCUUUUUUUUUAAAUCACUGUUGCUUUUUGCCUCUUUCUGUCAAAAACAAAAACAAGUUCAUAUUCUUAUGAACCACAAUGGGCUAUUUAAUACCAACACGAUUUUUAAUGCUGGUAAUAUUUUUUAUCUAUCUCUCUCUCUAUCUAUCUAUCUAUCUAUCUAUCUAUCUAUCUAUCUAUCUAUCUAUCUAUCUCAAUUUUUAAUACUGGUAAUAUUUUUUAUCUAUCUAUCUAUCUAUCUAUCUAUCUAUCUAUCUAUCUAUCUAUCUAUCUAUCUAUCUAUCUCAAUAUGUAUUAAUUUGGCGUUAAAAGCGGGUCGGUCGCCAAGUGUCCGUUUUCCCGCCAUAUUUGAGCGGGCCAAAUGUCAUGUCAUCAAAUAUGGAUGGCCAACUAAAAUGUCGCGACGCCUUGAGGUGGUCAGCCUUGUUAACAGAGUUAUAGCUAAAACAAGACAUUCACUUACUGUCAGAUUAUUACGUAAUCGCCCUUUCUUUCUUUCUUUCUUUCUUUCUUUCUUUCUUUCUUUCUUUGUCAUUAGCUUUUUCCCGCCAUCUUUCUCGCUUUCUUUCUACCUCUUCCCCUCUUUUUACUAUAUUCUCGUUCUUUUCUUCCAUCUCUCUUUUUACUUUCUAAUCUCUCUCUCUCUCUCUCUUUCUCAUUCUGUUUCUCCUUCUUCGCUUUUUAGCCCUUUAUAUCUCUUUCUCAUUGUUUCCUUCUCCUUUCAACGAAUUACAUCUCUCUCUAUUUCAACAGUCUCCUCUUUCUUAUCCUGUCUUUCUUCUUCCCUUUUUAACCCUUUAUAUCUCUCUCUAUUUCAACACUCUCCUUUUCUUUCUCAUUCUGUUUUUUCUUCUUCGCUUUUUAACCCUUUAUGUCAGCCUUUUCUAUCUCUUUCUUCCGUCUUUCUCUCUCCAUUUCUCGCUGUAGUUUCUCUUUCUCCUGUUUCGCCCCCCUCUCUCUCUAUUUCUCGCAAGUCUCCAUCUCUUUUUUACACUUUUCUUUCUUCUCUCUUUUUACUAUAUACUCUUCUUUUCCUUCAUCACCCUGUCUCUUUAAUCUUUUUUCUAUCCUUUUAUCAACGGCUUUUUCCCAUCUUUCUGUAUUUACCCUGUCUCUCUCUUUUUAUUUUUCUUAUUCUUCUUUUUCCAGUCUAUCUCUCACCCUUUCUCUCUAUUUCUUUCUGUCUCUCUUUCUCUUUCUUCCUUCCUUCCUUCCUCCCUCUCUCUCUCUCUCAUACUAUACUUAGCCAUCUCUCUCUUUCUCUUUUACAUCAGGCCUUUUCUAUCUUUCUUCCCACGCAUUGUUUCGUUGACAUUACUUUUUCUUCCAUAUCUUUUUUUCAAACAGAUUAUAGCCACUCAUCUCUCUCUCUCUCUCUCUCUCUUCCUCCCUUCUUUUUCUCACUGUGCUUUUCCCUAUUUUAUCUUGUCCACGUCUUUUCCAAUCUCUCUAUAGUUACCCUGUCUGUUUUUCUCUUUCUCUCCCCACGGUACUGUCCUCUGGGACAGUAG